AUGGGUUACCCUACAAAAAUCCCCCCCAUACUUAUAACAAAUCUAGCAAAAAAUGCAGAACCUUUGUCACAGAGGAAUAAUAAAGCUGCAGAUGUUGCUGAUGGAGCUGCGAAAUCCAUAAACUUUUCAUGUAAGGACCACGAUGAUGUAGCUUGGAUCGGCAAGAUGAGGUAUGAUGCGUUGAUCAUGGAAAUCAAACGCCUGAAGAUACCUCUAAGAUGGUAUGAAGAAACAUUGGGGAAGGAGAAAAAGAAAGCAAAAUUCCACCUUCGAUCAGUCCAAAGAAUGAAAGUGAGGGUUUGGCUUGCGAAAGGAAAAGGUGUUCGAAGAUGUGUUGUCCCAAGCUACAACUGGGACGAGAUCGCCAUGGAGUAA